AUGAUUGGAACAUCCAGUCUCUCAGGGGACACCCUGAUAGCGUGCCACUUUCCUGUGGUUCAGCUUCCCACUUGGCAACUUCCUGUCCAGGCCCUGUGUAGCUCGGCCAAGAGGCCAAGUCGUCUGUGCUCAGUAGGCCUGACUCGAGCUGUGUCCCUCCCAGAGCGAGACUCGCUUGAUCGGGAGCACACCUUCACCGGUGGACGAAGACAUUUCUCCAGCAGCCUCAGUAGUCUCAAUGAGGACCGAACAGAGGAGGAGGGGGCCAGUGACAGCAGCGGGAGGUACGAUUCCACCUCGUCGCCAGAGGAAACAAGUUCCCAUCUGAAGAAGGAAAACUGUGGAGCUAGAAGUAUUCUGCGGUCACACAACUCAUUCCUUCCUAAUACAGAGCUAGAUGAGGAUGAGGAGGAUGAAGAUAGUGAUGGAGAUAAUCUACACAGAUAUCAUGAGGACUCAUCUUUUGUGUUGCAUGGAAAUUCCAACUGGCCACUAAGCAAUGGUGCGAGAAAUGAUUCAAUACCCCGUAGGGACAUGGACAGUGAAUGGGGAAAUGAGGGGACGAUACUAGCUGCUGAGAGUGAGCAAGAGUGGCUCUCUAACCAGCCUAACCAGUUGGACUCACUGCAAACUGAAUGCCAGUGCUACCAUAUGAGCAGAUCUGGCAUCAUGAUGCUGGCUUGUGGAGAGCAGGACUCAGACAGAAUGGCAGAUAAGACGUCCUGCUGCUUCCACACUCAACACAAAUGUUCCCCAGAGUUGUUCUCCAACGCUCACACAGAGUAUGUCAGCGAUUCUUCCUGCAACAGUUCUGAUGGUGUCUUGGUUAACUUCUGCACUAUCUAUAACAAGAGCAACAACCCCGAAACACCUCAUGAUCUCAGCAGCCCGGCAGUUCAUCCCUCUCAGUCAUCUGAGGGAUCUGUAUUCCUCAACCUCCAACCUGUUCCCCAGACUCCACCUGUGUACAUGCAUCAGCGUGACGUGAGAGCUUACACUCCCCUGAAAGAGGAGGUUGACCUGAUGCCCUCUCCUUCCCGUUGGUCUCCUCAAGGGCUCGACUCUAACUGCAAUCUUUACUCCCUGGAGCCACUACCUCCAGGUCUCUCUUCUCUGGAGGUCUCAGACCUGGCCGCCUGUCUGCAAAGCCAGGCCACACUGGCCAUGGGGACCAAUCAGAAGUAUUACAAGCUUGUGACUUGUGACCUUUCCUCUCAGUCACCCAGCCCAGCCUGGUCUAGCCUCACCAGCUGCCCUGAGGGUCAGGGCAGAAGUAGCCCCCUCGCUCCCUCUGAGCACCUGCUUGUCAAUCAUAAGAAAGAAAAACAACACAAAGAAGUCAAGAAGGAAAAAGAAGAUUCACAAAGGGAAAUAAGGUUCUCUUCCGCACAGUGCAGCACCAGGUUUGACAGCUUGCAGUUUGAGACCUAUGAUUACCAGGUUGCCACCACCUCCACUGAGAAAUCCCUCUGCAGGAAGAAACAAACAGACAGCAUCCAAAACCCCUCCCACUCUCCCGGUUUGCUGUGCCCCUGCCAUUGUAGCCCACAUAGCUGUAUAUGCCAAGGAGCAUGUGCAGUUGUAAAUCCAGUGGUACGCUACAGUAAAGCCCAGAGGCCAACCUCUCUGCCCAUCCAGCCCUUUGUUCUCAUUCCCAGUGAGAAGCCCCAAGCCCAGGCCCAGCACUUGGGCUGUCUUCUGGAGCAGUACAUAAAUCAAAAGAGUACCAAGUCCAGUAACUCCCAACCAAGCUUCAAGUUCAAGGGCAAAAGAAGUCAGUGCUUUUCUAAUCUUCAGAUAUCACCAAUGGGCAGCCGAUGCCCUAUCUUCCUGGAGGCCCCUUCGAGCUCUGAUAGCUGCUCCACCUGCACGCCAAGCCCAGAGCGCAUCAGCCGCAGACACACAUGGAGCCAGUCCACCAGAAGCCACGGACGCCCAAGUCCAUGUACAUCAAAGAGCAGCCUAUAUCCAACUAACACUAGUCCAAAGCCCAGACUGGUUCAAGCGCAAGAUAAAACAAGCCCAUCCUCAUUCAACACACAGACUAACUCUUUUAUAAAUCUGAUCUCUGCUCCAAAUCCACCUAGCCUUGUUAAAAUUCCUACCUACCAGGACCUUAUCAACCUCACCCCUGAGCAGAGCUGUGCCAACACUGAGCCAAAAAGCAGUCCAAAUCAGACCUGCAGCUCCUACCAUGCAGUAUUCUCUCAUACACCGCCCACUUUACCCCUAACAACUCUGGACACCCAUCACCCAAACCUGCAGGUGUCCAUGUCUCCUCCAAAAACUCCGCAACCACAAAAGACAUUCCCUCAGAAUUGCAUUGCAUCUGCAGCUGACUCCAGCUUUUUUCACAGUAGUUUUACAGCUGCCUUCUCCUCAGUUGCUCCUCUCUCCUCUUUGAGUUCUCUGCUCUCCUUAGCUACUUCUGGGUUGCAUCCAAAGCAAGCCCAGGACUCUGCUGGGAAACAGAGUCAGAGUCAACACAGCGAAUCGCUGAUCCUGAGUGACAGGCCGCCCACAGAGUUCUGCCUCUCGCCCGAUACAUCUUAUGAAUCUAUGUCAAUCAGCCAUCUUCAGAGGAGAGGUCUGCUAAGGUCUGUAAGCAGGGCAGUGGAUUUGAUCAUGGCUCAUUUUGGCAGCAGCAGAGACCCUGAAGAAAAGAUGCGUCUGGGUAACAGCUCUCGGAGUCCCACAAUCGCCGGUCUGGUCCUAGAACAUUUAUGUCCAACAAUCCAAAAUAUUUUAGAGGAUGGUCUCAGGGAUCACAAACUGGAUCUCAUCAUCGGGCAGCGCCGCAACCACUCCUGGAGUGUGGUGGAAGUCUCUACUAGGAUUGGUCCAUCUACUAGGGUCCUUCACAGCCUGGUCUCCAAAAUCAGACAAUGUCCCCAGCUCAGCAGCCACUGCAUGAGACUGAGAGCCUUCAUCAUGGGCCUGCUUAACUUGAGAGCUUUGGAAUUCUGGCUCAGUCAUCUUCAGAGUCAAAAAGAUGUGGUGACAACAUACUACCAUUCUUGGGGGUUCCUGUCCAUGUCACUGGAUCGGUGUCAGCCCUUGUUUCAGGAGCUGCUACUUCUGCUGCAGCCUCUUUCUGUGUUACCCUUUGACCUCAACUUGCUCCUGGAGCCCCGACUGUUACACAACAGACAGCUGUGUCCUGAGGAGGUGGGUGUUUCUCCACCUCCACCGUGCUCUGCCCUCUUAGUGACCAGCUGGCCACAACUGCAAGCCGACAGAAAGGUAGACGGCAGCUACAGCAGUCAGCCAACUAAGAUUUCACACCAGACAUGCCUGCAUCACGAAGAGUCUCUCAGUUCCCAGAAUUCAAGUUGCUACAAGCUGGGGUGUGGAGAGAUGCAGCUAAAGAGUCCAUGUUUAGCUCCUAUUCCAGAGUGGUGGCCGAAAGAUCCUGAUCUCAUGGACGGUGUGGCCGAAGGGGAGGACUGUAGCCAAAAUUAUCCAGAUAAUUGGUCUCAAGUAAGUAUGGAUAGUAGGCCAGAAGAGAGAAGGGGAGAGAAAGACAAUGGGACCCCAAAUGUGUCACCUUGUGUCCAGGCUGAGAGUCCUGGUCAGGGUGGUCUGCGCUGGGCCAAACUGUUUGGAGGAGCUGAUUCUUCCACCAGGACAGAGGAAGUUUCGCAGAGUCACAUUGGAGCACAAAGCAGAAGGUGCAGGCGGCCGUCACAGUGGCUGUAUUUGGACAGAUCACAGCUUGGACUUUUGGCUCAAUCCAUCAGGUCGAUGAAGCUAAGAGGAGCUCAGACUGACAAAGACCAAGACUGUUGA